UCCGACUUUGGAAGUCAUCCUGACUAGACGUUCUGUUAUUUCAUUGACCGUUUGUUUUAUAUUAAAAUGAAUGAGGAAAAUAUUGUGAACCAGCCUGGCAUGUUGGUAGAGUCUACUGUUUCGAAUAAAGAAACGAAAGUCAAAAGACCGUCCAAUGAAAUCAAGAGGAAAUGCCGAAAAGAAAGACCUAACAAUGAUGCUAAGACUACAAUAAAAGAAACGUUCAACUUUCUUGCCUUUUUCGGCAAAGUUUUAGGAUGGGAAUGUACGUACGAGUGGAAAACUAAUCCCAGACAUUGGUUGACGACGAUUGAUAUAGUAUUCAUGUGGUAUCACAUGAUUUAUUCGCAAAUCGAACACUUCAUGACUGGUGAAUAUGGCAGAAUUUUCGAAAUAUUUGCAUGUUAUGGCAUUUCGGUGUCGUGUGUGCUAAAGUUUUGGUGGUAUUUGAAGUAUUUCAGGGAAAUAACGGCCCUACACAACUUUAGUGCGAGAAUAAUUCGUCAGGCUAGCCGCCAGAUGACAGAAAAAUUGCAACAUUUAGAACUGUUGAAGCAGAGAAUCGCUCAAUUCCUGGGAUUCUCGGCAGCUGUAUCCACGGCAGCAUAUUUGUUCAAUCCUGUACAGUCGGUUAUCAAUCGAGAUAAGGGCGAAAUGGUGUCGCUGUUACCUUACGAAAUUUCGUUUACUGAUCAGUCGACACUAUCUGGCUAUUUAGUAGCUAAUGCUUGCAUGUCAAUAAUGGGUGUAUAUGCCGUAUUCAUCUCGUUGUUUGUGGUCCUACAUUUCAUUACGAUCAUCUUGAAUUAUUCGGUGCAGGUGGACAUUAUCGAAGUUGAUGUUAAGCAACUUGACGAAUUCUGGAGGGACCACAAGAAAACGACAGUCGAACGACAUCUGUUUCUUAGGAACAUUUGCCAAAAAUGUCAGGAUAAGGAUAACUACAUGCGCGAAGUGAAGAGAAUUUUUGAUCGCUUAAUUUUCUCAUUUUUUUGCGGUGCCUAUUUGUCACAAGUAUUGUGUCUGUAUGAAGUUCAGGUGAAAAAUUGGAUGUCAGGAUAUGGCAUCGCUUAUGGCUUAUUUACCGAAAUGUUACUGUAUUGCUAUUUUGGGACUAAGGCCGUGUCGAUCAACGAACGACUUUGUUACGUACUAACGCAAUCCAAUUGGUACACUUACGACAUCUACUCGCAGAAGAUAUUUUUGCAUUUAUUAAUCUCUUGCAUGAAUGCCAAAGAAUUGUGGAUUGGACCACUAGCACCGUUAUCGUUCUUUACAGGAAUCCAGAUUGUUAAAAACAUUUACACGUACUAUGCGUUUUUGGCGGAAGCUGCUUAGUCUAUGCGGAACAGACAUUGUUUGGAGUAAAGUUUAAUAUUCUGUCA